AUGGGAAAUCUACCUGAAACCAUCUCGGGAUUUGCUGUUUUACCUGCUGUCUACUCAAAGGAUGCGACUCAUAUACUCUACGCUAAAAUACACACUGCUCAAAAGAAAACUACAGACAGACCUGUAUCUGACGUCUUACCGAAGGAGCGGACACUGUUUCUCGUGAACAUCCCACCUGACGCGACGGAACGCGAACUUUCACUCUUUUUCAAGCCAGAUGGUUUAGUAGAGAAAGUUGUAUUCGAUCAACGUGCGGCAGAGGAAGAGGCACUCAAUGCCAUUGACGAGAGCGAAAGCGAGGCUGAAGAGCCCAAUGAUGAGAGCAUGGACGUAGACGAAGAACGUCCCGUGAAAAGGGCCAAGAAGGUGAAGGAUAAAAAUCAACGACCAACUCUUGUAUCAUUGCCUCCCUCGUCUCUGCGAACCUUUCGCAGGACAGGUAGAACAGCAUUCGUUGUUUUUCUGGACUCUUCGUCUCUUUCCAAAGCUCUAUCACCACCCCAUACUCCGAGACCUUGGCCACAAUCUACCGAACACCGGGGCCUAUUACACUACAAAACGUUGCAUUCAGCUAUGCGACCUCCGCUCGAUGUAGUGCGAACACAUGCAGAAAGUGCCAUUGCUCUGUACGAUUACGAAGAGCAACAACGAAAGAAGAAGUGUCAGUACCGGAAAGGCGAAGCAAUCGUCGACGAAGACGGCUUCACAUUGGUUACACGUGGCGGGGCGUAUGGUCAGACCCUGGGUGGGGGAGUCGCUAUCGCUAGCAAGCGCUUCCAGGUGACGGGCGAAACAUCCGAGCGUGUAAAAGGAAAGAAGAAAAAGAAGCAGGGUAUGGAGAAAGAAGGCUUCUAUGCCUUCCAAAAGCACGAGAAGAAGAGACAAGAAUUGAUCGAUCUCAAGAAAAAGUGGCAAGAGGACCUGGAAAAGGUCCAGAAGCUCAAGGAAUCGAAGCGAUACAAGCCAUAUUGA